GUGACAGGCAGAAGGACACAAAUAGCUUAGUAUUUUUCCAUCCUUAGUUUCUCGACCCCUCCAAGACAAGACGUAUUUCUAGAAGCGUCCUUUACCUAGGUCACCGCCAGAGACAUCUAUCCCUACUCGUAUUUAUCUACCUAAUGUCGAGCUACACUGUGAUGAAAGGCCCCCUGGCGGAAAAGUUUGAAGGUGCAGGUCACCACGACCAUGGAGAUGCCACGUCCCAGAUGUUGCUGGAGGAAUGGAACACCACGUGGCCUGUGAGAAUAGUCUGGAAUGGACAUCUUGAUGAAGAGACGUACAUCGUCGGGAGUUGGGAUUCUUGGAAGAGCUGGAAUAAAGUCACCAAAAUUUUUUGCAGUGACCGUGACGAGGAGUCAUACAAGGUUGAAUUGGAACUCCCGGCUGGACUUUAUGAAUAUAGAUACAGGACCGCGAGUGGAAGUUGGUUCCACAACCAGGACAUGCCCACAACAAUGAAUCGCUUCGGAACGUUCAACAACAUCUUGGAUGUGCCAGCUGCGGCCACUCCGACCAACGAGGAGAUGUCUGUUCCCACUGGCGACAGCUUUUGGAGUAGAAUGUUAUCAAUGGUUUAUUGAGCAAAAGUUAGCCUGGAACCCAGCCAUGUUCUGCUUUAGUCGCUUCUCAUAUAGAUAGGUGUUGGCAGGAAGCAGAGCGACCAAAGCACAACACUGCUGGAUUCCAGGCUAGCAAAAGUGGCAACCAAAGCUAAAUUGUUUCCUGCAACAAGUUAAAAGCAGAACUAGGGAAUCAUUUACUAGGAAAACUGUGCUACUAAAAACAUGAAUAUACAGGGCAACAUUACAAUAUUAAAAUGUUUUGUCUGUUAACAUGCUUAUGUUAUUGGCCAACAUCAUGAUAUUGAUUGGUCACAGUUUACAAAUUUGAUAAAUGCUUUAAGUCUUGCCAAACGUCUAUGAAUGACAUAGAUAAGUCUCGUUUACCUCUGUAUAAGUGCUCAUACAAGUAGCCAUACAGCACUACAAUAUUUGUAUUUCCCGUCUAACUCAAUGAUUAACUUAACGCAAAUGCCCAAAGCGUAACCCACUUGUACUUGUACUGUACAGCAAUCUAUAUGUCAGAAAGCCGACAGCAAUCUAUAUGUCAGAGAAUUAACCGGCAUCAAUCUAGAUGUCAGAGAGUUAGCGAACAGCAAUCUAGAUGUCAGAGAGUUAGCGAACAGCAAUCUAGAUAUCAGAGAGUUAGCGAACAGCAAUCUAGAUAUCAGAGAGUUAGCGAACAGCAAUCUAGAUGUCAGAGAGUUAGCGAACAGCAAUGUAGAUAUCAGAGAGUUAGCGAACAGCAAUCUAGAUGUCAGAGAGUUAGCGAACAGCAAUCUAGAUAUCAGAGAGUUAGCGAACAGCAAUCUAGAUGUCAGAGAGUUAGCGAACAGCAAUCUAGAUAUCAGAGAGUUAGCGAAUAGCAAUCUAGAUAUCAGAGAGUUAGCGAA